CAAAUCUGUCAGGACGGGCGGAAAAAUGCCACUUCCCGACUAACAGGCGGAAUCCAGCCCAGAUUUUCAGUCCUUUCUUCUUAUUCUUUCUUCCCUUUCACUAAUUUAUCCCGAUGUUAGCACAUUCUGUCUUGUUACUAGCGGACGCCUGUAGGUUUGCUACAUGGGAUCAUUACUUACUGAUCACGGUGACUCUGAAGUCUGGAACUGAAGGCGGAAUGAGAAGUUGGGAAAACUUUUUUCUCUAAGCUCUCUCUUUUUUAAAAACUAUUAUUCUCGAUGCUUGUUAAGAGGAAAAAAACCCUUUGGUGCUUCUGUUGUGAAUGUGAAACAUUAUCUUCCAGCUGUACAGUGACACAUUUUUUUAAGGAGAAAAGGACUGAUCCGUUUGCCAAAAGGGGGGUGGGGAAGUGGAAUAAUGUUAUCGAGUGAUUAUUCUGGCUGAGAUGUGUUAUUUGGUUCCUUCCUUCUUGAUCAUUUGGUGUUUAAGUAAAAUGAGGCACAGGCUUGUUUGCCGAGUGGAGUGGGAAAGGCAUUUUGAUUUGCUGGCCUAAUUAAAAAAUGAUAAAGGAGUAAAGGAAAAGGUGGACCUGGACUGAAGGGUGUAAAACCCCUGGACCCAUUCCUGGGGCAGGAAAAAGAAGAGGAAGAUUAGAAGAUUUUUUUUUUUUUUUUUUUUUUUAAGAGAAAGCCCAGCGGAGCUAAACGAAUGUCCCCUCAUCUCCAAAGGAAAGUUCAUCGGAUUUUUAUUCUAGAGAGCUCAUCUUCAGGAUGUCAGUGAACAUUUCUACGGCAGGAAAGGGUGUGGAUCCAAAUACGGUUGAUACUUAUGACAGUGGCGAUGAUUGGGAAAUCGGGGUUGGAAAUUUAAUAAUUGAUUUGGACGCUGAUUUGGAGAAGGACAGACAGAAAUUUGAAAUGAAUAAUUCCACCAACACCACUAGCAGCAGCAACUCUAAGGAUUGUGGAGGUCUGGCCUCCAGUGGGGCCGGUGCUACCGCAGCCUUAGCGGAUGGCCUAAAAUUUGCUUCUGUUCAGCCCUCUGGUCCCCAGGGGAAUUCACACAAAGAGACCAGCAAAUCAAAAGUGAAAAGGAGUAAAACUUCUAAGGAUGCUAAUAAAUCUCUGCCUUCUGCUGCCUUGUAUGGGAUUCCCGAGAUCAGCGGCACUGGCAAGAGGCAGGAAGUCCAAGGGCGCCCUGGAGAGGCAACUGGCAUGAAUUCAGCGCUGGGUCAAAGUGUGAGCGGCGGCGGCGGCGGCAACCCGAACAGCAAUAGUACCAGCACCGGCACCUCCGCUGCCACCGCGGGGACGGCCUCCUGCGGGAAAAGCAAAGAGGAGAAGCCAGGUAAAAGCCAGAGCAGCCGAGGCGCCAAGCGGGAUAAGGAUGCAGGGAAAUCCAGGAAGGACAAGCACGACCUGCUUCAGGGCCACCAGAAUGGCAGUGGCAGCCAGGCCCCUUCCGGGGGCCUCUAUGGCUUUGGGGCCAAGAGCAAUGGAGGUGGCGCGAGCCCCUUCCACUGCGGGGGCGCUGGGAGUGGCAGCGUCGCGGCUGCUGGGGAAGUUAGCAAAAGUGCCCCGGAUUCAGGGCUCAUGGGAAACUCUAUGUUGGUAAAGAAGGAAGAGGAGGAGGAGGAGAGCCACAGGCGAAUCAAGAAACUGAAAACUGAGAAGGUUGACCCCCUGUUUACAGUGCCAGCACCACCGCCGCCGAUUUCCAGCAGUCUCACGCCUCAGAUUCUGCCCUCCUACUUUUCCCCAUCUUCAUCCAAUAUUGCAGCACCGGUUGAACAGCUUUUGGUUCGGACUCGUUCCGUGGGUGUCAAUACGUGUGAAGUUGGAGUAGUGACAGAGCCAGAGUGUCUUGGGCCCUGUGAACCCGGGACCAGUGUGAAUUUGGAAGGGAUCGUGUGGCAUGAAACAGAAGAAGGUGUCCUAGUGGUCAAUGUCACGUGGAGGAACAAAACUUAUGUAGGGACCUUAUUGGACUGCACCAAGCACGACUGGGCCCCGCCCAGGUUCUGCGAGUCACCGACCAGCGACCUGGAGAUGAGAGGGGGCCGGGGCCGGGGGAAAAGAGCAAGGUCUACCGCAGCUGCCCCGGGCUCGGAGGCCAGCUUCACAGAGUCCAGAGGGCUGCAGAACAAGAACAGAGGGGGGGCCAAUGGGAAAGGGAGGCGGGGCAGCCUCAAUGCCAGCGGGCGAAGGACACCACCGAAUUGUGCCGCCGAGGACAUCAAAGCCAGCCCCUCCUCCACCAACAAAAGGAAAAACAAGCCUCCGAUGGAGCUAGACCUGAACUCCAGCUCCGAGGACAACAAACCCGGGAAGCGUGUCCGCACAAAUUCGAGAAGCACUCCCACCACCCCUCAAGGGAAACCAGAGACGACAUUUUUGGACCAGGGCUGCUCUUCUCCAGUGUUGAUUGAUUGUCCGCACCCAAACUGCAACAAAAAGUACAAGCACAUCAACGGCCUCAGGUACCACCAGGCUCAUGCCCACUUAGACCCAGAGAACAAGCUGGAGUUCGAACCGGACAGCGAGGGCAAGAUCUCGGACUGCGAGGAGGCCUUGAGCAACGUGGCGCUGGAAUGCAGCGAGCCAAGCACAAGUGUAUCGACUUACGAGCAGGUGAAGGCGCCGGUGUCCCCUGGCUCGGGGAACCCCCCCGGAACCCCCAAGGGGAAGAGAGAGCUGAUGAGCAAUGGCCCGGGCUCUAUUAUCGGAUCGAAGCCUGGGAAGAAUUCUGGCAAAAAGAAGGGCCUCAACAGUGACCUCAACAACCUUCCCGUCAUCUCCAACAUGACGGCCACCGUAGACGGCUGCUCGGCAGCAGACGGCAGUUUGGCUGCCGAAAUGCCCAAACUGGAAGCAGAAGGGUUAAUCGACAAGAAAAGUUUGGGAGAGAAAGAAAAGGGCAAAAAAGCCAACAAUUGCAAAAUGGACAAAAACCUCUCUAAGCUUAAAAGUGCCCGGCCCAUUGCCCCCGCUCCGGCCCCAACGCCGCCACAGCUAAUCGCUAUUCCCACUGCAGCCUUUACGGGCACCACCACGGGGACCAUACCCGGACUGCCCUCCCUCACAACCACGGCGGUCCAGCCCACACCAAAGAGUCCUCCGUUAAAGCCCAUUCAGCCAAAGCCCACGAUUAUGGGGGAGCCCGUCACCGUGAACCCAGCUCUCGUCUCGCUCAAAGACAAAAAGAAAAAGGAGAAGCGGAAGCUGAAGGACAAAGAAGGGAAGGAGACAGGGAGCCCGAAAACGGAUGCGAAGCCGGGCAAACUAGAGGACGCCAAGGGGGCUGGCAGAGACGCAUCCGGGCAUUUUUUAAAGGACCAUCUCAACAAGAAUGAAGGGCUGGCGAACGGACUGUCCGAGUCGCAGGAGAGUCGGAUGGCCAGUAUCAAAGCCGAGGCUGAUAAGGUUUACACUUUCACCGACAAUGCUCCCAGCCCUUCCAUCGGGAGUGCCUCGAGGAUGGAGUGCAGCGCUUUGGUGAACGGGCAGGCGCCCGUGGCCCCGCUGCACGUGCUGACCCAGAAUGGGGCCGAGAGUUCCGCAGCCAAGACGAGCAGCCCUGCCUACUCGGACAUCUCUGAUGCUGCCGAUGACGGCGGUUCUGACAGCAGGUCGGAGGGCGUGAGGUCAAAGGCCAGUUCCCCGUCAGAUAUCCUUUCUAGUAAGGACGGUGUUGUAAAAGGGCAUUCUUCAACGACAGCACAGUCAUCUCAGAUGAAAGAGUCCCACUCUCCCUAUUACCAUGGCUACGAUCCUUAUUAUUCUCCAAGUUACAUGCACCCCGGGCAGGUCGGGGCCCCUGUAGCUGGGAACGGCGGGAGCGCGCAGGGAAUGAAGAUCAAGAAGGAGUCUGAGGAAGAUGCAGAUAAGAAAGACAAGGCAGAGCAGCUCGAGGCCAAGAAAGUGGACCAUAAUUCUGCAUCCUUACAGCCUCAGCACCAAUCAGUGAUCACGCAGAGACACCCGGCCCUGGCUCAGUCUCUGUAUUAUGGCCAGUAUGCCUACGGGCUCUAUAUGGACCAGAAGUCUCUGAUGGCCACCAGCCCUGCCUAUAGACAGCAGUAUGAGAAGUACUAUGAGGACCAGAGGCUGGCAGAGCAGAAAAUGGCCCAAACUGGGAGGGGAGACUGUGAAAGGAAAACUGAGCUCCCCUUGAAAGAGCUGGGCAAAGAGGACAGUAAACAGAAAACCAUGCCAUCGGCCACAAUCUCAAAAGCUCCCUCUACUCCGGAGCCUAACAAAAACCAUUCAAAACUAGGGCCGUCAGUGCCUAAUAAAUCUGAGGAGACAGGUAAAUCACAGCUUCUCUCCAAUCACCAGCAGCAGCUUCAGGCCGACAGCUUCAAAGCUAAGCAGAUGGAAAACCACCAGCUUAUUAAGGAGGCUGUAGAAAUGAAAUCUGUCAUGGACUCUAUGAAGCAGACAGGUGUAGACCCAACCUCGAGAUUUAAACAAGAUCCAGAUUCAAGGACAUGGCAUCAUUAUGUAUACCAACCCAAAUACCUAGACCCGCAAAAGUCAGAAGAACUUGAUAGAGAAAAGAAACUAAAAGAGGAUAGUCCCAGGAAAACCCCCAACAAAGAGGGUGGUGUGCCCAGCCUUCCUGUAUCGUUAACGAGCAUCAAAGAGGAGCCCAAAGAGGCCAAGCGUCCUGAUUCUCAAUCCUUGGAUGAGAGCAAGCUGAAAAACGAUGAUCGCAAGACUCCUGUGAACUGGAAGGACUCUCGGGGAGCCAGAGUGGCCGUCUCCUCCCCCAUGAGUCAGCAUCAGUCCUACAUACAGUACUUGCAUGCUUACCCUUACCCGCAGAUGUAUGACCCCAGCCACCCUGCAUACCGGGCUGUUUCUCCCGUCCUAAUGCACAGUUACCCUGGGGCCUAUCUCUCGCCAGGAUUUCAUUACCCUGUUUACGGGAAGAUGUCAGGGAGAGAAGAGGCAGAGAAAGUCAAUACCAGCCCUAGCAUCACCACAAAAACAACCACUGAAUCGAAAGCACUGGAUUUGCUCCACCAGCACGCCAGCCAGUACCGCAGCAAGUCUCCCGCUCCUGUGGAAAAGGCUUCAGCUGAGCGGGAACGGGAAGCGGAGAGGGAGAGGGACCGCCACUCCCCCUUCGGCCAGAGGCACCUGCAUACACACCACCACACCCACGUGGGCAUGGGGUACCCACUCAUCCCUGGGCAAUACGACCCUUUCCAAGGCUUGACCUCUGCUGCCCUCGUUGCCUCUCAGCAGGUGGCUGCCCAGGCAUCUGCAUCAGGAAUGUUUCCUGCACAAAGAAGAGAAUAACAAGAUUGGAAAUGUACGUUGUCAUGUGACUGGAUCACAUGGGGAAGCGCUUUAUACAGACAUCAGUUCCAUGGUGUUAAUUUGAAAUGCCUUAAUGGCAGGCAAAAACCAGUCAUUUCAUUUUUGUAAAUUACAGAUUUUAUCAGAGAGUAACAAAUGUUGCUGUAAUUAAACUUCUGUUUUAUAUAUAUAUAUAUAAUACGUAUACAUAUAUGUAUAUAC